AUGAAUGAUUUCUGUUCCAUAUUGGGUAGUGCUCGUCAACUUCAUUCACUUUGUAUACGUGUCUUAGACACAACUAUUAAUCUUCAAAGCCCAUUAACAAUAAAAAAAUCAUCUCCACAUUUAAAACAUCUUUUAUUUAUAUGUUUACAUUCAGUUUCUUACGAAAUAAUUAAAAAAAUAUUUAAAACAUUAACACCUAUUGAAAAAUUACGUUUUUCAUUAGUUUUUGAUAUACAGUCAGGUAUUAUUAAUGGUAAUCGUCUACGUGAUGAUAUAUUUAUAUAUUUACCAAAUUUAAUUAAUUUACAAUUUGAAUUCAAAUCUUUAUUAUCAUUAAUGUCAAAUGAUUUAUCACAAUCAUUUGAAACACCAUUUUGGUUACGUUUUUCACCAAUAGGUUUUCAUUCCUAUUAUCAUAUAUAUACAUUACCAUUUCCAUUUCAUCAUCUUGAUGUUGAUCAAACAAUAUUGAACGGUCAACAAACAAGAAAAUCAAAUCGUAAUUGGUGUUUUGUACAUGAUAUUGAUUUAUGUGAUCGUAUGCCAUAUACAAAUGAAUUUUUAAUUUAUCUUCGUAAUGAAUUUACACGUUUAACAACAUUAACAUUAAAAUGGAAAUUUAAUUUAAUGAUAUUUGUACCAUCAUUAUCAACAUGGUUUAAUUUACCAAAUGUUCGUCGUUUAAUUAUUAAAUCAAGUUCAUUACAAAAUCCUGAAAUAAUUAAAGAAUUUUUACUUUGUUUACCUAAUUGUGAUACAUUAGAUUGCGAUUAUGUUCUUAUAGCACGAACAACAUCAUAUUUUCGUCGUGGACAUGUAUUAAACGAAUUUGGAAAACGAUUACGUUUAUUAAUUGUUGAUGAACUUCCGUCGGAUUGGAAAAUUGAAAAGAAAAAAAGAAAUAAUGUUUAUUUUCAUAGGUUUCGACAAUUUUUUCCUAAUAUUGAAUGUCCUCUGUAUAAUUAA